AUGUCAAGUGUUAAUAAACAACUUAAUAGUAUUGUACGUGAUCUAAUAUUUACACAUCAUUCAAAAUUAAUGAGACAUUUCUCGAAUGAUUCUAUUGAACCGUUACCUGAUGCAAUCCUUAGUUGUUUAUGUUCAAAAAUUUUACUUGAAAUUUGUAAUCAAAUUCAAUGGCUUGAUCUUGAAGCAUCCUCUAUUGAACGUAUAUUACUGGCUACAAAUUAUCCGAAUUUAUAUGAACUUGGUUUAUUUAAUCUUGACAUAGAAACAACUUUAUCUCUUCUCCAUGGUGAGAUAUUACCAUUCUUUCAUUAA